AUGGUGGGCCCCGGAGUGGUGGGGGGCUCCAGGGGGCUGCUCUCGGCCCGCCUGGGCUGCCGGGUGCAGGAGGAGGAUGUGGGGCGCAGGGAGACCUUCAGCGCCGAGUGGUUGGACCUGGAGCUCCGCACCCGGCCCGAGGAUGGGCGGUGCCGGCGGGAGGUGGACACGCAGCGCCGGGAGACGCUGGAGCAGCGCGGGGCCGUGCGGGUGUUGGAGCAGCGCUCGCCCUGGGGGCUACUACGGGUGGGGGUCCUGGGCCAACCCCUGACCCAGCACCUCCUGCCCUACGCCCGCACAUUCCCCGUGCCCCUGUUCGCCCCCCCGGAYCUCCGCGGAGCCAAAGGGGGGAUCCCCCGCACCCUCUCCCGCUCCCUCUCCCACGAGGCCCAGCGGGGCUGAGCGUGGCAGAGGGGCCGGGGGGGGACGGGGGAGGGACGGGAGGGUGAUUUUGGGGGGCUGGGGGGACCCGCACGCCCGGGUCCGCUCAGCCGCCCCGAAGAGGCAGCGCGGGAAGGCGGGGGCAGGUGGGGGUGGGCUCCCGUUCGCCUGGGACCCCACCCCGCUGCGGGCGUCGUGGAGGCCGGUGGGGAUGAGGACCCCGCGGGUCGGGGGGCUCCCACCCUUCGGGGGGCUCCCGGCAGCUCCGGCGUGACUCAGUUUCCCUGGCGAAAAGAAGGGAAGGCGAGGAUGAGGAGCGCUGA